CCCACCCCAAUCAAGUGUGUGGGCACCCACAGUGACUGUGCGUGGUUUCUGGAGAUCUGCUUUUCCUGGCUUUAUACUAUUGUGUUUUAUGCAGUUGAUCCCUGUUCAAAUGCUGUCCAGGACUUCACACCGACUGAUGCACUCCAGUCCUUGAUUCACUUUGUCCACAGAGGUAAACGGGACAGCAACUCUGUUUCCUCCACAGCGCUCAGACUUCAUCUGCCAGCAGGGUGGGAUUUGACAGAGAGGAAAUCUACACUCGUCUGUCAUCGAUCUUCUGCAGUGUACUUCAGGUAUUUUCCCUGCUUGGACUGAUAGUGACCUCCUGAAGUGCAGGCCAGGUUUACAAGCCCUUGAUCUUCAUCCAGCAUCUACACGGAGGCAGCUGAGCAUCAAGACAGAGUGGACAACAGUCAUUUCACCUCCUGGGAUCUGCAGCCCCUGGAACAUCCUCUGGUUGGCACAAUCAGGCUGGUGCCCACACGUGUGCCUGCUCACUAGGCAUUCAUUUCAGCCUUCUCCACGACAUUACCCAAGCUUUUUUGGUGGUCCAGGUGGAACCUCAUGGACAUCACCACCUGGAUGAACAAUCACACAGGGUGGACAGAUUUCAUUCUGGUGGGACUCUUCAGUCAAUCCCAACAUCCAUCUCUGCUUUGUGUGGCCAUCUUUGUGGUUUUCUUGAUGGCCUUGUCCGGAAAUGCUCUCCUAAUCCUCCUGAUACACUCCAAUGUCCAGCUCCACACUCCCAUGUACUUCUUCAUCAGCCAGCUGUCCCUCGUGGACAUGAUGUACAUCUCCAUCACUGUGCCCAAGGUGCUCCUGGACCAGAUGCUGGAUGUGAGUACCAUCUCCGUCCCUGAAUGUGGGAUACAGAUGUUCCUCUAUGUGACACUAGGAGGCUCAGAACAUUUCCUUCUGGCAGCUAUGGCCUAUGACCGCUACAUGGCCAUCUGCCAUCCGCUUCGUUACCCUAUGCUCAUGAACCACAGGGUGUGUCUCCUCCUGGUAUCUGGCUGCUGGUUCCUAGGAUCAGUGGAUGGCUUCAUGCUGACUUCUAUCACCAUGACCUUCCCAUUCUGCAAAUCCCGGAAGAUCCAUCACUUCUUCUGUGAAGUGCCUGCCGUGAUGAAGCUCUCCUGCUCAGACACCUCGCUCUAUGAGACACUCAUGUACCUGUGCUGUGUCCUCAUGCUCCUCAUCCCUGUGACAGUCAUUUCAGUAUCUUAUUCCUGCAUCCUCCUCACCAUCCACAGGAUGAACUCUGCAGAGGGCAGGAGGAAGGCCCUGGCCACCUGCUCCUCACACAUGAUGGUGGUCAUGCUCUUCUAUGGUGCUGCUGUCUACAACUAUAUGCUUCCCAGCUCCUACCACACCCCGCAGAAGGACAUGGUGGUGUCCGUCUUUUACACCAUACUCACACCUGUGCUGAACCCCUUAAUCUACAGUUUUAGGAACAAAGAUGUUACUGGGGCUCUGAGAAAAAUGUUGAGUGUGGGAACUUUUUUCCGGGAAACAAUAAAAUAGGGAAUUUUGGUAACCAUGGUUUCUUCUCCUUCUCUCCACAUCAGAUGAUCAAGAAUUUCCUUGCCUCAACCUUCUCUGGACUCCUAGGUCAUGGUGUCUCAUUCAUAAGCAUCCUUUCAGGGAUCAACUUCCUCUGUCCACUCCUUGUGCAUUCAAAGUCCUUAUGCGACUCCAUGUUAUAUUUCUAAGUGGACAACCCCUUUCUGUUUCAUAUUAUUAGGAAACACAUAGUGGAUAUUUAGAGGAAGUGGUCAUGAAGUGCUCUACUUAUAAGGUGGAGAGAGAUAAGGGAAGCGAUGAAGCAAAAGGGGAUUCUGUGUUGACAUGGAUGAGUCUAGAUAAAGGCUGUGUGGGAAAUAAUUCUAAAAUUCAUUUAUGCCAAUUUUCAAAAAUAAUCUCAUUUGUCUGUUUUUGCUUUUGUUGCUUGUGCUUUCAAGGUUCUACCCAAAAACUUAUUGCAUAGAAUAAUGUCAUGAAGCAUUUUUUUCCUGUUUUUUUAAACCUUUCAUAGAUUCAGAUCUUGAUUUAUAUCUUCAAUCAUUUAAAGAUUUAUAUCUUCAAUCAUUUUGAGUACUGUGAGAGAUAGGGGUCUAGUUUCAUUAUUUUGUACAUGCGCAACUCUAAUUUCCCAGCACCCUUUACUGAAGACACAUUCCUUUGCCCAAUGUGUAUUAUUGGUGACAUUGCUAAAAAAUAAUUUGGUUGUAAGCUCAUGGGUUUAUCUCUAUGGAUUUGCAGUAUCUUUUGAAGUCAGGUAAUGUGGAUGCCUCCAAUUUUGCUCCUUUUACUCAGGAUUAUGUUUGGUAUUCAGGAUCCUCUGUGGUUCCAUACUAAUUUUAGGAUAUUUUUUCUAUUUCUAUGAAAGAUUUUGAGUAUUUUGAUGGGGAUUGCUUUGAACAGUAGGAUAUUUUAACAACAUUCAUUAUUUCGAUCUAUGAACAUGGAAUAAUGUUAAUUUAUUUUUGCAAUUUCCUUUAUUGAUAUUUUAUACUUUUCGAUCUAGAGAUUUUUAAUCUCCUUAAUUAAAUUUAUUUCUAGACAUAUUUUCUUUUUGGUAGCCAUUAACUUACGAAAGUUAUUAGCUUUUAAAAGCCACUACAUUAACCAUACAUGACUUCUUUAUUUAUUUUUCAGAUAGUUUGCUAUUACUCUGUAGAGAUGAGACUGGUUUUAUAUGUUGAUUUUGAAUCCUAUUAUUUCAUGAAUUGGUUCAUUAUUUCUAACAAUUUUUGAUGGAGUUUUUUUGGUUUUUUUCCCUGUAUAAAAUGAUGUCUUCUGUGUACAGGGACAACCUAUCUCCUUCUCUCCAAUUUGGAUGCUUCUUAUUUCUUUCUACUAUCUAAUUGCUCUGGAUAGAUCUUACAGUCGUGUAUUAAGGGAAAGUCAUCCUGGUCUUCUUCCAUAUCUUAGAGUAAAGCCUUCAAAUUUCCCUAUUUGGUAUGAUGUUAAUUGAAGGUUUUUCACAUAUGGCCAUUAUUGUGUAGAAAUAUGUACUUUCUACUCCUAAUUUGUAAGCUUUUUUUUUUUAAAUCAUGAAUCGAUGUUGAGCUUGUCAAGUGAUUUUUUUAUGCCUUUGAGAUAAUUAUAUAGCUUUUAUCCUUUAUUUUAAUGUGAUAUAUCACAUUCAUUGUGAAUAUGUGUUGAACAUAAUAGUAAAUAAUACGCCCUGGUUUGGAUCCCAUUUGAUCUUAGUGUACAAUAUUUUAAAUAUGUUUUGCUAGUAUUUUGUUAAGGAUUUUUGCAUCUCUGCAAUUUUGCAUUUCUAUAAUUUUAUUUCUGUUUUUGAGUGUCCA